AUGCCGCCACUGUCGACUGCAUUCACGCGGCAGAAGCUGUGUGUUGACUUGUACGCGCUGGCACUGUCCGUCAUACAUUGGCUCGUGUAACCGCUGAUGAUUGUUGGCCAGCGCAAGUCUGAAGCACGCCUGUCCUAAGGGCAUCUAUGUCGCGCCCUUACCGGACGAGCCUCUUCUCUGGACCGGCGUGCUCUUCGUCCGCAAAGGUAUGGUACCAGUGGUCCUGCAAACGGGAUACUCAAAUCCACGCCAGGCAUAUACAGGCUCACGCUCGAGCGCAGGCCCCUACGCGAAUGCCAUCCUGCGAUUCCAAAUCGACUUCCCCGACGAAUACCCUCAGAGACCGCCGGUCGUCACGUUCCAGAGCGACCUCUUUCACCCCCUCGUGACACCGCUCACCACGUACACGUACUCCACUAGAGACUUUGGAACCGACACCCAGAGUGCAGCAGAUAUACAUCGACUGCCACCCGGCGGCCUCAGUCUGCGUCAUGGCUUCCCGGAGUGGUUCCCUGCUGCAGGCGAGAAGAAGGACGUGGUAGAGCCCCAGGUCGUACAAGAGGAAGAACAGCAGGGUGCGGCGCUCGAGCGCAGACCACCGCAUAUAGUAGAGCUGCUGCAGUACCUUCGCAUCGUCUUCGAUAGCCAGGAAGUUUUAGACACGACUCCAGAGGAUGCCGCCGCUAAUAACGGUGCAUGGCACGCGUGGAAGACGUACCGCUCACAGAGCUCUGGUAGCAGAGGUACCUCGGUCACACGACCUGUGGGAGAGGGCGGCGAGGACAGCAAAGAGGGCAGUGCGUCACCUCGCCAGCAGCCUGGCGGCGCGAGGCGGCCAGGAGAGUGGAAUUGGCAGGGAGUGUGGGAGGAGAGGGUGAGGAGAUGCGUGCAAGCUAGCAUGUCUGAGGCGGUACUCUUCGGCGGCGAUAACAACGACGUGGUGAGACAUCAUGGCCAUCAUCGCGACAAGGCAAGCAUUUCUGACCGCUUCUGUAGAUUAGCUUCCUCAAGAUGGACCAGGAAGCAAUCAGCCAAAUCUCGCCCGUAUAA